AUGCGUCUCUCUGCAGUCCAGAGAGCAGCUUACCGACUUCGAUACCACCAGGGCAAACUUCCUCCCGGAUACGAGAACAUGACCCAUCCCCUUAAGCCGCCUGCGUGGGCCAAGAACUUCCCCGACUCUACUGCCAAGCCAAGCAGCCUGUUCAACUUUACUGGAACGACUGCAUCGUCGACAGCGGCGGUGAGGAAGGUCCUCACAGAGAAUGACCACGGAUACGACAUCUUCGAGAACCCGCCCCGGCGAUGUGAGCAGCUAACAGCAGACGCGCACAACCACUUCUCCCACUCAGCUCUAAGCCGCUACGCCCUCGGUGCGACUGCCCCGCUGAUUGACGCCGACUGGGUCUAUGACCGCCAGCACUUAGCCCCGCUCGAUCCCAUCGAAGGCGGCCGCGAGCGUGAGAUCAAGACCCUCGACCUGCCCGACAAGUUCACAACGGACAACUGGGCAGACAAGAAGUGCGCUUAUUCUCGGUACAUUGUCUUCUUCCACGAGGAAGUCGCCCGCCUGGGCCGCGAAGAGGCCGUGCGGCAGUACAUCUUUGGCAAGGCCGGCAACGGCGAAACCGGAGGUGGAGUCGCAAGGAAUCUGCUGCUGCUGUACGGCGGCGUGUUGCACCCGAUGCUGCACAUCGGCUUCGGGCUCGAGUUCGGGGACGACGUGCUCGUGGCUGAAGGUCUGGCUCUGACGUGUAUCCAUGAGCUGGGCGUGCUGCCGGAGCUCUUCCCGCCCAACUGGCCGCAGGACGCGCCCCUCCCCAAGCCCAAGGGUGGAUAUGCCGACAGCUUGCUCGAGAUCUACUUCGAGUUUUGCCGGGAUAAGGUCCUCGAUCCCGGGCCCUACGACCCGGACCAGCUCAUCAGUGCGCGACUCCGGAACGCGGUCGCGACGCCCGAGAAACAGAGCCGUCUGCGCGACCUCGUCGCCAGCUGGAACCUCGAGAAUAUGAGCGAGGCGGGGCUGCAGAGGCUCCAGACCGAGCUCGGAUUCUGGGUCACGCUCCUGACCUCGGGCACGAGUAGGCCGGGGCACAAGCCCCGCAUCGACUUCUUCCUCAUGCACAUGCUGACGUCGUCGCUGUUUGUGCCGAGCUACCUCCGGAUCCUCAGCGAUACCGACAAGCGCAUCUUCCUGCAGGGCUACCUGCUUGCGGGACUGCAGAUGUGCAUGUCCCGCGGUAGCCCCAAGCUCUAUCCCGCCAGCAUCAUGGGGUACACCGAGUAUCCGGCCGGACCCGCGCCAUUGGCGGCAGACAGGGCCGAGGACGCCGACAAAUUGCACGCAAUCGGCACGCCCAAGGAUCGCAGGGAGGGCAACCCCUGGCUCCGGAUCGUGGACAAUGCGCUCGUCGCGCACGACAGCCACGUGCCCAAGAGUAUCCGCUCGCUCGUGUUUUAUGCCCAGCACGCAGGCGAGACGCCCAAGGGCGGAUAUCCUGGUGCCAAGAGCGAGAAGGAGAUUGAGACAAUGGGCGGAUUGAGCGGGGAGGAGAAACAGUGGUGGAGGGACAUCAAUCAGGUUGACGGAAGCGUGUUUGUGCGUGGCGCUGGUGCACUCAUGGAUGUGCUCGGGUGGACGAAGGAGGGUACGAAGCAGGGCGAGUGGGACCGGUCCGCCCUCGGCUGGGACGGAGCCUGGGAGGGCGACGCGGUGACGGACCACUGGCGCCGGGCCGGCGACUAA